GUGCCUUUCCUUCCAUUUCACCCAGGCCACCGCCACGCGAAGGGAUCGCCCGUGCACCCGGCGCCGCCCCCUGUCCAUCACCGCCCGCAUGCUCGCCGCCGCCGCCCAUGGCCCUCAGCGCCGCCCUGACGCUCGCCUCGCCCAGGUUCUCAUCAACCUCGCGAAGAAGGACCUGACGGAGGUCACCCACAAGGUCUACUUUGAUAUCGAGAUUGAUGGCAAGCCCGCAGGUUUGCAAGCUGUGUUGUCAUAAUUUGAUAAAGAAUUCAAAUGAAGCAUUAUGACAAGCAUGAUUUGAGAGUACCAGCUUUCAGGAGCAUGGAACAAGGGGAAAUAUAGGAGGAUGGAGCAUGAUUCGAAGCUUUCAGUACCCUCUGGCUUUCAGGAGCAUGAUUUGAAGCUUUCAGGAGCACGGAACAAGGGGAAGCUUUCAGUACCAGCUUGUGCCUUCUGAAUCUGGAACUGAUGCUGCAUCCUCUGUGGCUUUCUCGUUCAGGACCAUUCAACUUUGAGUCAGGAGGGUCAGCUGGAAGCCUGCCAAAGCUUCAUCGCAACCCGUACAGCUGGUCCAAGGUGUCUAGUGUGAUAUACUUGGACUCCCCUGCUGGUGUUGGUCUGUCAUACGUGAAGGAUAAGUCCAAACCUUAUACAACUGGCGACCUUCAGACUGCUCAUGAUUUGCAUACUUUUCUUCUCAAGUGGUUUCAGCUCUACCAUGAGUUCCUGACAAAUCCAUUUUACAUAGCUGGUGAAUCAUAUGCUGGGAUUUAUAUUCCUACCCUUUCACAUGAAGUUGUCAAAGGAAUUCACGAAAGAGUCAAGCCAGCUAUAAACUUUAAGGUUAAGAGAUCUUCUAAAAUUAUUCCUGCUGCGUGAGAACACUAAAUGUGGUUACCAAGGAAAUCUAAGGUUAAAUGCUUUAUGACGUGAGAACACUAAACGUGUUUUACCAAGGAAACGUGAGAUGAAGCCUGAAGCCAUCCGAAAUUGAGAAGCCGAUUAUUGUUGACCAUAGUGAACUACUUUGUAACAGCAGUCACUAUUAUUGUUGUUGCUGUUCCUGAAGGGCUGCCUCUAGCUGUUACUUUGAGUCUUGCAUUUGCAAUGAAAUUAGUGAUUCAUUAGCAAUUUGAAUGUACUCUGUGUAAGGCAGUAAUAUGUGUAAUGACUGACUUAUGUGUAAGGAUGUAAAUACAAUGAUAUUUAUGCAAAUGCACUGAUGAAAUAAAUUGCAGUGGACUCCAUGUCCAUGUUGUAUA